UCAGACAUGCCUGGUGUGGUGUCGCAUUUCGCCUCCUCUCUCUGUUUAUAUUUCCAUCAAACGGGGAGUUGUGUUUCAAAUUAACGCCGUAACAAACCUGGAACAUAACCAGACUCUCUCUGAGCAUCUGGACCCAGUUCUAGUUUGUGUCCAGCAUGUGUGGGGUCUGCAGCCCAUUUCCUGAUCCCAGGCUCACACAGGUCCUGGAUGGAGGAAAGCACCAAGAACAACUGUGCAAAAACCUCUGAAGAAGAAGACAACUUUCUUCUUCACGAAAUAUUAGAUGUCGUCCAUGUGGCAACAGGAGCCAUCCGGUUAUUCCCCAUGUGUGGAGAUCGACUCCAGCUCUGUCAGGUCCAAGGACCGGCUCGGCUCUUCGAGCUGGCUAAAGCAAGAGCAGGAUGAGCUCCGGAUAAUCAAGUGGGAGAACUUCCAGGGCGGAGCGUCCUCCGACGCCGUUCAGGACAACACUCCCAGCAGCGCCAUGUCUGAAGCUUCGUCAUUCGAAGGCUUGCCGCCGAGGGUGCUGCUCACCAUCACAAAACUGCAGUGCAUGCUGGAGAGCAAGCAGGAGCGCAUUGCUGCACUGGAGCGACAGGUGGAGGACUUGAUGCAGGAUCGCAAGUUUCUGCGCAGUCAAAUCGAAAACCUCACCACCAAUCGCUCCAUGGCACCGUUUGUUGCACCCAGUUCGGCCACUGAGGCUCCCAAAUCAAGCAAAAUGCAGCAUUCAGAAAACAAAUCUCGAAAGAGAGAAAGAGCUUCUUCUUCUUCCUCGGCCAGCAGCGUCAGCGGCUCGGAGGCGUCCGACUCCUCUGACGCGUCGGCGGCGUCGAGUGAGCACCGACGGAGAAAACACCACAAAGACAAGAAAAGGUCAAAGAAAGGGAAAGACUACAGCAGGAAGAGAGCCACUGGCGUCCUGUACGUCAUUAACCGCUACAAACAGGUCCUCUCAGCCUUCAUCAAGAAGAAGAGCAUGAGCGAAGCCUUCCGUCACCACGGCAUCGACAGGAACACCAUUGCCAACACGGCAUCCAUCGCAGAGCUGCACCUUGCCGGGAAGGAAAUGAUCCCCCUGGUGGGCCAGUUUCGGCAAGGAGAAGAGACUCUGGUGAAUUAUGCUCAGAGAUGCACCCUGGUCAUCGACAGCGACCCCGAACUGUCCAGAAAAAUCGACCAGAUGAAAGCGAACGGCCAGCUGCUGCCCAUAUCAGGGAAGAGGUCCAGGGUGCUGCAUUCUCACAUGCAGCCACUAGGGGACGGUACAGAGAGCAUCUUAAUAGGCUGAUGCUAAAAAACACUGAUGGGUUUUCUUUCAGUUGAAGCUGCUGUUUUAUGUGGCACAUCCUGUAAUUAUUCUAAUUAUUCUUUUUUAUUUGUCUCUUAUUAUUUUUGGGGAAAAUGUGGCAGUUAAACUCAGAAGGUUUUAUCUCUGUAAUAGCGGAAAUAUCCACCAGAUGGCAGCAUUCACCUGUUACUUGAUUCUCAUAAAUUAUUUCAAAAUGGCGGACUUUCAGGCUUCUGUUUCCCAAUUACUUGAUUUUUAAUAGUUUUAUAAUUUUUGUGAUAAAAAUUCAUUAUGAAAAAGAUUUAGCUAUUUGCCUCAGUUUACAUUCAGGACGAUUUAAAAUGAGCCUGACAGAAUAAUACAGCCAUAUUUAAUACGUUUUAAUGAGGCCGGUUAAAAAUACCCUUUUGGCAGGAAUUAAACAUACUUAUCAUGAAACCCACUUUCCUUAUUUUAUAUCUGAUUUCAUAUUCUAAUUGUAAAUGUGUUGUCUUCAGAAAAUCAUUACAAUUAACAGAAAUAAAAGCUGCAAAACAACA